GUCUUAGCCUUAGGCUUUGUAAAUUUGUAGUGUGUCUUGAAUAAUUUCAUUAGUCAUAUGCUCUUGCAUGGAAUUUCUAUAUUAUGAAAGCAGAAUGAAAACGGCAUCGGUUACGCCAUCCACGUCGUCUGAAAUUCAGGUGGCCGUCGGAUUUUUCGUGGACGCUCCCUAGCGGCUCGGCGUCUCCAUGUGCCGUGAAGGUUCCAGAACCCACGGGGGGUCGUCUUCCUCCACAAGAUUCUGCCAAAAGAUCCUCUCGGAUGCCCCCGCCCACCCAUUUCGCCAGUCGCCAUCGAGCUCUCGCUUCCGCCGCCCGCUGCCGUUGUAUCACCCCAGUGCUGAGCCCUAGGAUGUGACUGGCGGACGUCUCUAUGGCCGAGCCGUAGGUGGAGGCGGCACCUCGGCACCGUGGGAGAUGGAGGACGAUGACACCGAGGGUGUAGGCGAGAGCACCUGUCCCCCCGCCGCCGACCGAGGAGGCUCCUCCUCGGCCGGCGGCGGCGGCGGCGACUCACACGGUUACACUGACAUCGAGAAGGAGGUAUUCGACCGUCUCAUGGAGAAGAGAAUCCCGGAGGUCGUCGCGGACCCGGUGGCCUUCCGCGAAGAGCUCCACCGCCACUUCGAGCGCCUGCCGCUGAGCUACGCCAUCGAUGUGAACGUCGACAAGGCGGAGGACGUGCUGCUGCACCGGAGCAUUCUCAACGAGUGCACUGACCCUGAAAAUCGCCCCAUCUUCCAUGUGGGCUUCCUGAACUGCAUCCCGCCCUCGUUGGAUCCACAGUAUAACACUCAAUCCAUCUCUAUAACACUCAAUCCAUCUCUACGAGCGAAAACGGUAAUUGUGGGGGUUCUCAGGAUUCCACUUUGAGGUACAGGCUAUGACCCACGCACUUUGCAACACCAUGGUGAAGAAUUUUACCUUUGGUGCAACUUUAAAUCAACCUCUUGUCAUCUGUAGUUUCGAUUAGCCUUUUUGAAAAAAAAGCUGUGCCUUGUAUGAGUAUUUUUGUGGUGUUAUGUCUUGCUUGCUAAAAACAUAUGCUUAUAUAUAUGCUGCACAGAAAAUUUGAGCCAUGUGAAGGGAUCGAGGACCUCAGUUUAACUGGACAAAAGGUUGUGGGUGACUAUGUGGCCGGUUCUUCGAGGGGAGAUGUAGAAAUCCUCCAUGUUCAUGAAAUUAUUUUUUCUACCAUUGACAAACCAAAGCUCCUCGCUCAGCUAUCUGCUUUGUUGUCUGAAGUUGGACUGAACAUCCGUGAAGCUCAUGUCUUCUCAACGACUGAUGGCUUUUGUUUGGAUGUAUUUGUUGUUGAUGGCUGGGAUACAAAGGUGAUUUACCAUAGUAUGAUUGUGUAGUGCUAGCUUGCUUAUCUAUGUAUACUUGGAGCAUGUUCUGUAAUCUGUAGGAACCAUUUUUUUCCCUGAAAGAAACUACAGCAACCAUUUAGGUCGCUUGAACGUUAUUGUCAAAAACAUAAUUACCAGCUGGAUAAUGUCAUCAUUUUGUCCAAUUAGCCUUUAAA